AAUAAAAGUGUGGAAGACAAUUCAACUUUAAAAAUUAAGAAUAAACAAAGAAAAUAAGGAUAAUUAAAGAAUUUAUACUUCUUCUGAUCGCAAGUAAACACUUUUAUUCUUUAAAAUUCUCUUCUUUUUCUUCUCCUCCUCCUCCACUUCCUCUGUCGUCAUCGUCUUCUUCUUCCUAUGUUUUGUUUCUUUCUUCAAAGCUUCAUUCAAUUGAGCUCUCAAUGACCGGAGCUGGAAAGGAGAUCGAAAUAUAAUACCAGAUUUCUAUCCAAAGCUGUGGAGUUGCAGUUCUUGAAGGAAGGAUAUCACCAUUCAAUUCGAUUGCGGAUGCCCGUCAUGAAUCAGUGACGGUGGACAGAAGAAGAAGAAGGUAGUGGUGGGUCAGAUUCUAAGGGAUGGAAGGAGUACAGAGAGGUGGGAGUAGAUGGAGGAGUCUGAGGGAACGGCUGGGAUUUAAGGGGAUGGGAUGCUGUGGGCCCUCGUGGAGCUUCAAGGUGUCGGAUAUGGCAGUAAGAGAGAGCGACGACGAGGAGGUGGAGGAGGAAGGGGAAGACCGAGACCGGGCGCAGGAGAUGGAAAUGGAGGAGGAAACAGAGGUUCCGGAUCUGGGUUGCAUGGAUCAGGAAACACCGGUAUCGGGGAUGAACUUGGCGACAGCGUUAGCAGCAGAGCGUCACCUCCGGGCGGCCCAGGAUUUGGAAGCGGGGAACGUAGGGUCCACCUCUAACUCCGCUCCGGCAAGUCCUCCGGCGAGGACGGGUAUUACUGCAACUAUCCCUGGUACACCCUCAAACUUGAGGGUUUCUCUGAUGAGACUGCUCGAAGAAGAAGGGGAUGGUGUGGAAGGAGUUGCAGGCGACGGAAACAGAGGAGGAGGAGGAGGAGAGGGAGCUGAUGGAAUGUGCUGCGUCUGCAUGGGGAGACGUAAAGGUGCAGCUUUCAUCCCAUGUGGACACACAUUUUGCAGAGUCUGUUCAAGGGAGCUCUGGUUGAAUCGAGGCUCUUGUCCUCUCUGUAAUCGUUCUAUCCUUGAGAUUCUCGAUAUUUUCUAGAUCUUCUUCUUCUUUUCUUUCUCUCAUUUCCCAUUUCCCCCAUUUCCCAUUUCCAUUAUUCCAUAUAAUUAAUACUGAGAGCUUCGGUUCUUUUUUAAUGAGCGGUGGAGAUGAGCUGUGUUACAUAUAAACUCUAAUUGGAGAUUUUUUUUUUUCAUAAAUCAUUAGCUACCUAUGAUUCUCUCUCAA